GCUCCGGCGCCGCCCGUUGUGGGCACGUUUCAGUUGCCGUCGCCGCUGCUGCCUCUGCCUGGUCUCCGCGCCUGGGCCGUCUGCCCGCAGCCAUGAACGCGCUUGGCCCUGGUAGUGCCCACCGUCCUCUAGAUUAGUUCCCUCCCCUCUGUCCCUGACCCGUCUGCAGCAUGGAGUCCCCUGCCUCGAGCCAGCCCGCCGGCAUGCCCCAGCCCAAAGCCAACCCAGGACCCAGGGCCCAAAGGGAGCAAAGUUCUCAGUUGGCCUGUGUGAGAAGAGGACUGGGACAGUGGAGGCUUCCGGCAGGAAAAUCCAAGAGGAAGAAGGACUUACGAAUAUCUUGUGUGUCCAAGUCACCUGUGCCCAACCCCACACCCCCCCGGAACCUGGAUUCCCGGACCUUCAUCACCAUCGGAGACAGAAACUUUGAGGUGGAGGCUGAUGACCUGGUGACCAUCUCGGAACUGGGCCGGGGAGCCUAUGGGGUGGUGGAGAAGGUGCGGCAUGCCCAAAGUGGCACCAUCAUGGCCGUGAAGCGGAUCCGGGCCACCGUGAACUCACAGGAGCAGAAGCGGCUGCUCAUGGACCUGGACAUCAACAUGCGUACAGUUGACUGCUUCUACACCGUCACCUUCUACGGGGCCCUCUUCCGAGAGGGAGACGUGUGGAUCUGCAUGGAGCUCAUGGACACAUCCCUGGACAAAUUCUACCGGAAGGUGCUGGAUAAAAACAUGACAAUUCCAGAGGACAUUCUGGGCGAGAUUGCUGUGUCUAUCGUGCGGGCACUGGAGCACCUGCAUAGCAAGCUGUCGGUGAUUCACAGAGAUGUGAAGCCCUCCAACGUCCUCAUCAACAAGGAGGGCCAUGUGAAGAUGUGUGACUUCGGCAUCAGUGGCUAUUUGGUGGACUCUGUGGCUAAGACGAUGGAUGCUGGCUGCAAGCCCUACAUGGCUCCUGAGAGAAUCAAUCCGGAGCUGAACCAGAAAGGCUACAAUGUCAAGUCUGAUGUCUGGAGUCUUGGCAUCACCAUGAUUGAGAUGGCCAUUCUACGGUUCCCUUAUGAGUCCUGGGGGACCCCAUUCCAGCAGCUGAAGCAGGUGGUGGAGGAGCCAUCUCCCCAGCUUCCAGCUGAGCAUUUCUCCCCUGAGUUUGUAGACUUCACUGCACAGUGCCUGAGGAAGAACCCUGCCGAACGCAUGAGCUACCUGGAACUGAUGGAGCACCCCUUCUUUACUUUGCAUAAAACCAAGAAGACGGACAUUGCUGCCUUCGUGAAAGAGAUCUUGGGAGAGGACUCGUAAGGACUGGGCCUUGGACCCCUUUCUGGCCCUCCAGAGCCCACAGCCUCCUCUGCUUGGACAGUGUGUGCCCCACCCAUAAGCUACAGCCACCCUGGCCUGGGGUGCCUGGGAGGAAUUGAGGGGGCUGCUCCUGCCCGGCUCUGCAACGAGCCGUUUGUCCCAAGUGCCAAAGAACCACACCAUUGGGGGCUCAGACAGACCCCACCAGUGCCUCUGCCCUGAUGCUCUGAGGACCCCAAGGCUCCAGCUGCUGAGACCCUGGACUUAGAGGGCCUGGAUGCCCCCUGCCAGAUGCUGCUGCCCCUCACAGAGACAUAGCCAGUGUCAUGUGGAUAGGCUGCUGCCUUGCCCAGCUUGGAUACCACCCAAGUUGUAUCAUUUUUUAGCUUUCAACUGAAUGGACUUUGCACACUUUGGUUCAGGGCAGCCACACCUCUGUCCUGGCUUUGGUGCAGGGGACAAAGUAGGGGGAUAAGCCAUAUGAAUUCUGAGACUUCCGCAAGGGAGAGCCAUGAACUGCCCUGGCCUCCCUCCAGCACUGGCAAAUAGGGCCUCUUUGUCACCUAGCUCUGUCCGGCACCUCUAGGGGUGUUGUUUCACCAUUUCUUUGUUUUUGUUUUUGUAAUUUAUCCCUCCCCCCUUUUUUCUUUGCUUUGUGGGUUUAGCUGGUUUUUCUUGCAUGGUUUGGAGCUGAUCACUUCUCUCCUAGCCCUCUGCUCAAGGCUGGGGUCUACGGGAUGGGCCAAGGUCUCUACUUACUGAGGCACCAGGGGAGCCUGCCGGGCGCACUCUCCUUGGGGACUGGCUCAAUAAGGGGAUAUGGAUUUGCCUUGGUGGCAUUUUAAAAACAGACAAAAAAAGAAAAUAUAUUUUUUUGAAGAAAGGCCUGCCCAUCAUCCUGGAUCUUUUCCCUGGUGGGUGGGUACAGUUUCCUGGUUGCUGUUUUAAUUUAAACAAAAAAAAAAGUGGGACAAAA